CUAGAGUAAGACAGAGAGGAGAGUGCGUCCAACUCGUCCAACUGUUCAGAGGUUCGUAACUUGGUUUGGGACAAAUUCUUGAGACACGCGCACCGCCGCGCCACAAAUAAUGUAAGGCGUGUCUGCACGAAUCAGAAAACAGCAAUAAUCUCCAGUUAUGGAGCGAAUCCCACUGAUGGCGACCAACAACCCAAAUAAAGUGUGUGCUCAACUUAGUUGCCAAGACGCCCAGUCCGGGGCACUCGAAGCCUUGAAACGAAAUGACUUGACACUAUUUUCUUCAGUGCUGGCAGAAGAAUGCAACCUGGACGACGCCAUUUUCCAACGUGGCUCCUUGUCCGAUGAUGAGAAGAAACGAUUCCUUCUGCCCUUGGAUCAUUGGAUCAACCAACCCAUUUUGGAAGAAGGGGAAAAAACUCUCCUCCAGGUGGCAGUGCAUCACCAAAAUGUCGACUUUACUCGAACGCUUCUGGCCUGUGGAGCCCGAGCGAAUCUCUUCAACGAUGACUUGGACAACGCUCCAAUUCACAAUGCGGUUGACAUUGGAUCGUUGGAGCAUGUGGUGGCGCUUUUGGAAAAUCCAUUUAAUAAAGCGGAUCCGAACAUUACUGUCCAGCCAUCGGGAAGGACAGCCGUCCAUCUGGCCGUGGAACAAGGCAGACUGGAUAUUUUGGAACGUCUUCUUCAAGAACCGAACAUUAAUGUGAAUGCCAAAGACAACCAGGGGCAAAAUACGCCAUUGUUCUUGGCAGCCAAGAAGAAAAAUGGUGAGGCCGUGAAACUCUUGUUAGAGCAUGGCGCAAGUUUGACGGAUCUGGUUGGAAAUCGUUCAGUUAAGACAGCCAUUAGGGACAAUUUGCCUUACUUCGACAUUUCGCAAGUCAUUGUGAAAGAGAAAGUCCGUGAAAACACCCUCGACUAUUUGCAGGAAAUGUUGGAACGACGAGAUCUGGCCUAUUUCAAGGCAGUCCUCCAUUUCCUUGAUCCGUCCGAGGUCAGUCGACAAAGUGUCAAGGGUUUCACCAUUCUUCAACGCGCCUGCAUUGAGGGCUUGGAUGAUUACGUCCAAGUGUUAUUGAGCGCUGGGGUGGGUUCGAAUUUGGCUACGACCGAAAAUAACUGGAGGCCAGUCCUCCUGGCGGCCGCCAGGGGGCAUUAUGAUGUAUUGGAGGUCUUCAAGAGGUUUAACCAAAAGGCCAUGAAUCGACAACCUUUGACCAAUUUCGGUGUUUGGACAACGGACACUCGAGAAACGAUCCUCCAUCUCAUCCUCAAGAAGUCAUUUCGAAGGAACCUUCAAGGCAUUUCUCCGACUCUCGACGAAAUCAACCAUUGGGAUGAUAAAUACACAAAGUCUUUGGAAGUUCUGCUCGAAGAUACGCCUCCCAGUCUACGUAGGCAAUUGGAACUCGUCAUCAACAAGAAGGAUAAGAUGGGCAAUUCGCCCAUUCAUUACGCCGUCCAGUAUUGGCCCCAAGACAUUGUGAGACAACUAAUGCAAGUCGGGGCUAACAUCGGACAAAGAAAUUGGCGAGGCGAGAUUCCCCUGCAUAAGAUUGACCCCCAAACGUUGGCCAACUUUUUGGAUGAAGACUGCGUGACAUGUCCGGAGGGCAAAGAUCCCACCACACACGAUGACUUCUCUGUCACUUUCCAUUAUGACUUCCUAGCUCCUCCGAUUCCUGAGGAGCACCUCGAGCAAUGGGACGACGAGAAACAAAUUGCCCUGGAGAAAGAAGCCUUGCCCGAAACGGACACCAUAUGGUUCAUCAGCCAAUCUCCCGCUCAUCGACAUCUGAUCAAGCACCCCGUCAUUACGUCGUUCUUGUGGCUGAAAUGGCAAAGGAUUCGUAGGUUCUUUAACCGGAACAUGCGCUUCUACGCCUUCUUUGUGAUCGCACUCACUUGGUACGUUUUCGCCCGAUUCGGUGGCCACUCCCUUCAACUUCGCGGGCCCAUUGGCUCUUCUAAAUCAGAAUUGGGGAUCAACGGCAAUUCCCCACCUCAGUUCUGCUCCGCCAUUGGUUGGGCUGAGCGAAGUUAUGGCGACUUUUGGUACAUCUUGUUUGCCAUUCACUGCGUGAUCCAACUCAUCUUGAUCUCUCGAGACUGGACUCGCGAUUUGCGGUGCUCGUCGUGCUCAAAAUGGGUCCUCAGUGUUUUGAGCAGCUGGCCUGAGAUCGUCAUCGUGGGACUAAUUAUAGUCACACUUUGGAUGUCGAUUGGUGCUCUAUGGCUUGUUCUUACUCUUCUUUUGGGCCUCUUGAUUCUUCGGGAGAGUUUCCAAAUGGCCUCUUCUAUGAAACGCUACUUCUUGUGUCUAGAAAAUUGGAUCGAAUUGAGUCUUAUUACGUUGGUAGGCGUCAUCAUGUUCAUCCCCGAUUCAGUGAUGAGCUCUCAAAUGGAGGAAAGUUGCGACAUCAAGCGACACAUGGGUGCCGUGGCACUUCUUUUGGCAUGGGCUGAGCUCAUCACUAUGGUUGGUCGCCAUCCUCGACUGGCUCGCUACAACAUCUUCGUGACAAUGUUCUACAAAGUUUUGAAAACUUUCUUCUACUUCCUGACUUGGUACUCGUUUUUCUUGGUAGCCUUCGGUCUGGGCUUUUACAUCAUGCUUCAUCAAGAUACCAAUCGUGAGUCUGGGACUUCGUCGGCCGAGCACGGAGAUGAAGCAUACGCUUUUUUCAACUCCCCUUGGUUGGCCUUGGUCAAAACAUCCACCAUGUUUGUCGGAGAAAUUGAAUUCUCAGACAUUCCAAUCAACCUUGAGGGCCCUUUGGCUCCUGUUGGCUAUUUGUUUCUUUUAGCAUUCGUGUUUUUGAUCGUAGUCGUGCUCAUGAACCUGCUGAACGGUUUGGCCGUCAGCGACACGGGUGCCAUCCAAGAAGAAGCUGAGAUCGUCGGCUACAUCUCGAGAGUGGAGACGAUUUCUUACGCAGAAUCCAUCCUCCUCGGGGAUCCCUUUGACUUCUUAUCUCAAUGGGCUCCAAUUUCAUGGGUAGAGAAAUGUCCGAGUGGAACGUUGAUCCAUUCCCUCUACAGCUCUUGUCCGGCUUUGAAGAGGCUGUCUCACAAGCUCACGGGUGCCACGGGGAUUCUGCUAUUCUUCUCCUACCUGACGACGAAAGAGGAGACAUUUCCUCUACGGAAAAGGCCACAAGAUUCUAGAGAUGACGAGGCUGGCUGUCGAUCAAGCUGUUGCCACCAAGAGGAUGGUAAUUACGAGGACGUUCUUAGCGCGGCUAGAAACAUCCUCAUUGAACGAGUCGGCCAGGCUUCAUCGAGCAGGCAGAGUGACGAUCCGAUGGUUUGGAAGAAAAUUCUAGAUAAACAGGAUCUUCUGGUUCGUCUGAUCGAAAAACAGAGCGAGGAAGUCAAGCAUCUCCGGAAUUUGAUCAAGUUAAGCGACACAACCGGCUCGACCUUUUGAAAACAAAAUUGUGUAUGAAUGACUUACAAAAAGCUUUAUUCGGGCAAAAUGAACAGUAUAAGAUUUAUAUAUUACCACAAACAAAGUAGCAGGUACAGCAAGUACAUGUGUUUCCAUUGUUGAUGUUUCUAUUCUGCGCAUAAAGAACUGAAAAUGGACCAGGAUACAAUAACCGCAUUUGAAAGAGGAGAAGAAUUUGAAGAAAAUUGGUCAUAAGAUCUGAGUCACUAAAAUAUGUUUAUGUAAUAAAUUCGACUCAAUUGAUCGUGA